UGUGAAGCUUCCGGAUGCUCGCGCAUGUGCACAACAAGAGACAUGUGUUCGUUCAACUAGUAGGAAUGGAUAGAGAUAUUUUCAAGACACUGUGCGCAGGCGUAGUAUUUACGAAAAAGAAUUUCACGCCGGCCACAGGCUUCCUUCCUAAAGAAGAAAACACAAAAUCCCAACCAUCAAAAGCAGAUGGCUUAGAUAAGCCUAAGCGUCACAAAAAGAAAAAGAAAAAGAACAAGAAUGCUGAACAGAGAAAACAAGAGUUUGGAAAUCUGGAGGAUUUCGAACAGCUUUCUAGUUAUGGUGUGCUACCAAGACUUAUUGAAAACAUCAAAAAAGCAGGUUUUGCUGAACCCACAGCAAUACAGAAGGAAGCCAUUCCAGUUAUGAUGGAUCGGAGAGAGAUAAUGGCAUGUGCUCCCACUGGUUCUGGAAAGACAGCAGCUUUUCUCAUUCCUGUUUUGCAUUACUUGAGAGAACCACGCAACAAUGGAUUCCGAGCACUUAUUUUAGCUCCAACACGAGAAUUGGCCAAACAGAUAUUAGAUGUCUGCAAGCAGCUGUCAGUUGGAAUUGGUUUCCGGUGUCACUACAUUGAAAAGGCAUCCACUGCUACAAGCAAGUUUGGACCAAAAUCAAAGAAAAAUUUUGAUGUUCUUGUCAGCACACCCAAUCGACUUGUGUUUAUGCUAAAUCAAGAUCCACCAUUAAUUGACUUGUCAAAUGUACAAUGGCUUGUUAUUGAUGAGUCAGAUAAGCUGUUUGAAGCAGAAGGAAGUCAAAAUUUUCGUGAUCAACUGGCAACCAUCUACAAAGCAUGCUCGUCUGAUAAAGUGAGACAUGCACUUUUUUCGGCCACUUUUGCCUUUGAUCUUCAGCAGUGGGCCAGGAAGACUUUUCAUAAUGUAGUUGAAGUCACAGUUGGGGCAAGAAAUUCAGCUGCACAUCUGGUAAAGCAGGAACUCUUAUUUACUGGCAGCGAGUCAGGCAAACGCCUAGCCAUUCGGGAUAUCAUCCGAAAGGGUAUUGAGCCACCUGUUUUAAUUUUUGUCCAGUCAAAGGAUCGAGCCAAAGAACUUUUCAGUGAGCUGAUUUAUGAUGGAAUUAAUGUUGAUGUCAUUCAUGCUGACAAAACACAACUCCAGCGUGACAACACUGUGGCAAGCUUCGAAGCGGGCCAUAUCUGGGUUCUUAUCUGCACCGAGUUGAUGGGUCGUGGUAUUGAUUUCAAAAAUAUCAACUUGGUCAUAAAUUAUGACUUUCCAACAACAGCUGUGAGCUACAUUCACAGAAUAGGAAGAACCGGAAGGGCUGGUCGGCCAGGAAGAGCACUCACAUUCUUCACUGAAGAUGACCUUCCAAAUCUUCGAAGCAUUGCUAAUGUCAUGAGAAGAGCAGGAUGCCCUGUGCCUGCCUACAUGCUGAAACUAGGCAGACCAUCUAAGAGAGAAAGAAAGAGAACAGUGCCAGUAAAAAGAAAACAUAUUUCUACAGUACGUCAUGAUGGAACACAAAAGAGCAAAAAAAGGAAAGUGGAUCAGCCUAACAACGUCAACACUGGAGAAUCUUCUACAUUGAAUGAUAAAUCAAAUGAAACUAACAGAAGAGGACAUCAGAAGAUGAAGCCAAAGAAAGGCAAUAAAAAUAAGAAAACAAAAAUAUCUAAAACCCCUGUUAAUGAAAACAUUGAAGCAUGAGGUGAUUGAGUUAGAGAUGCCUGACUAUCCUGUUUCUUCAGGUGGGGGGAGGGGCUUAAUGCAGAAUAUAGUGUGAACAUCGUGUUUGCAUAUGUAUAUGUGUGUGUGUGUCAGAGAGUGAGUGAUAGUGAUCUGUGUGUACAUAUAUUUGUGAGUAUAUGCAUAUACAAUUAGAAACAAAUUCUUUUUAUGUCUGGCUCGUGAGUGUUUGUUAAGUAUAUGAGCAGAUUAGACAUGCAGUGGUGCAUAUAUGUAAAGAAUAAAAUGCUGUGUGCUGAGAAA